AUGGAUGAUGAUUUAUUAAAACCAACAAAGAGACCCUUAGAUCAUACGCCUUUACAAUCAAAUAAAAAAUCUAAACAAGGCGCUUCUUCGUCCUUUGUACCAAAGCUAUUCCAGAUGGUAAACUCUAACACUAAUAACCUCAUCACUUGGAAUCUAGCGGGUAACUCCUUCAUAGUAGCAAAUCUCGGCCAGUUUAGUAGAGACAUCCUCCCAAAUCACUUUAAACACUCUAACUUUAGUUCUUUCGUUAGGCAGUUAAAUAUGUAUGGUUUUCACAAAUGCAACAAAACUCCAAGGGGUCAGAAGUCACACCCUGAUCAUCAGGUGUGGGAGUUCAGCCACCCUAAGUUCCUUAAAGAUAGGCCUGAGCUUUUGGACGAUAUAAAGAGGAAA